CUUUUUUUCUUUUUUUUUUUUUUUUUUAAAGAACUUUCCAAGAGAAGGGAAAUAAAAUCCAUUUCGUAAAGGAAAGAUUACUGCUGGGAUCAGCAAAAAAAAAAAAAAAAAGCAGAAAAAGAAAUACCCGGCGGCUGAAGUUAAACGUUGAGCGGAGACUUUGAUUCCACCUGAUGGUUUUUUCAUAUUUCUGUGGAUUUGUUUUUUCUUUUCCUGGUUGCCGAGAUUUAGAUGGAGCAGGGACCCCAGCGCAGCACUGUGAGCCCAGCAUUCUGCAGUGAAUAAGAUGUGCUGCCUAUGAUCAGAAUCUACAAAGGAUCUGCCUUUUGUCGCAGAAACGCUUAGGACCCGGCGUUUUCCAUUUAAGGCCUUUUUUUUUUUUCCCCGAAUGCGAAUCUCCAGCGGCUUUGGAAAUCUAACCUGCUUUCUCCAGUUUCGGGAAGGAAAUCGCCUCUAGUGGUGUUGGUAGGCGCUUAGAAUGCACGCCUGGAACUUUCCUUUUCCUUUGGCGGCUGAAAAAUGCAUUCGACCUCCAAUUAUGAAUGGGCCCAUGCACCCGCGCCCCCUGGUAGCACUGCUGGACGGCAGAGAUUGCACCGUAGAGAUGCCCAUUCUGAAGGACGUGGCCACAGUGGCUUUCUGCGACGCACAGUCUACACAAGAAAUUCACGAAAAGGUACUAAAUGAAGCAGUGGGGGCCCUGAUGUAUCAUACAAUCACGUUAACAAGGGAAGAUCUGGAGAAGUUCAAAGCUCUUCGAAUAAUUGUCCGAAUUGGAAGUGGGUUUGACAACAUCGAUAUAAAGUCAGCCGGGGAUCUAGGUAUCGCAGUGUGUAAUGUGCCAGCAGCCUCUGUUGAAGAAACAGCGGAUUCGACUAUGUGCCACAUUCUAAACUUAUACAGGAGAACGACGUGGCUGCAUCAAGCAUUAAGAGAAGGAACUAGGGUGCAGAGCGUGGAGCAGAUCAGAGAGGUGGCCUCUGGGGCAGCACGGAUCCGCGGGGAAACUUUAGGCAUUAUAGGACUGGGGCGGGUUGGUCAAGCGGUGGCGCUGCGAGCAAAAACAUUUGGUUUCAACGUCUUUUUCUACGACCCUUACCUCUCCGACGGCAUUGAACGAGCUCUCGGCCUCCAGCGGGUCAGCACCCUGCAGGACCUUCUCUUCCAUAGCGACUGUGUAACCCUGCACUGCGGCUUAAAUGAGCACAACCAUCACCUUAUCAACGACUUUACCAUUAAACAGAUGAGGCAGGGAGCCUUCUUAGUGAACACAGCACGAGGGGGCUUGGUGGAUGAGAAGGCGCUGGCACAGGCCUUAAAGGAGGGCAGGAUACGAGGAGCGGCAUUAGAUGUACAUGAAUCCGAGCCUUUCAGCUUCACCCAGGGCCCCCUGAAAGAUGCUCCAAACCUCAUCUGUACCCCACACGCGGCUUGGUACAGCGAGCAAGCGUCUAUAGAGAUGCGGGAAGAAGCAGCGAGGGAAAUUCGCAGGGCAAUUACUGGUCGCAUUCCUGACAGCCUGAAAAACUGUGUUAAUAAAGAUCACUUAACUGCAGCAACACAUUGGGCCAGCAUGGAUCCUGGGGUUGUUCAUCCAGAGCUCAAUGGCGGUGCCUACAGAUACCCCCAGGGGGUAGUAAGUGUGGCUCCAGCUGGCCUCCCAGCAGCGGUAGAAGGAAUAGUACCAAGUGCUAUGUCUUUAUCACAUGCUCACCCAGCUGUAGCCCACCCACCACAUGCUCCUUCUCCCGGCCAGACCAUCAAACCAGAAGCUGACAGAGACCAUCCAAGCGACCAGUUGUAGCCCCCCAUGAGCAUUCCACCGGCAUUGAAGCUUCAAUUCCACAGAAGAGAAGAAGAAGAAGAAGACUCCGAGAGAGAGAGAAAUGUGGAUUUUGGAAAAAGAGGCAAACCUUCUGAACUUAACAAGUUGACCUUUAUUGUUUUUAGGGACUGGUCCAAAUAUACGGCAUAAUGGGGAGGAGACGAGAGAAUUUGGGACCUUUUCCCUCCCUCCCCCCUCCCCCUCCAUUUAAAAUUGUAGUUUGUUCCUGUCCGGUGGAAUAACUUCACUGUUCUGUGUCCAAUGGGUCCUUCGUUGCGCAAGAAAAGUCAGUAGUUAAUUAUAUCAUGAAUGUACUUUGUUUGUGUACAGUUUUUAGAACAAAAAAAAAAGGGGGUUUGUUCGCUGAGCUACCAACCGGGAAGAACACGAGGGAGGCAUCCAGCAAAACCACUUUUAUGGUUCAAAAACAAAAACAAAAAAUUAAAAAAAUUGUUAUUUUCUUUUAUAUGUUCAAAUAUGCCCAAUAAAGCAGUCGGUUGGCAGACUUCUCAGGACAAUACGUGAUCCCACUUUUACUUUGGAAGCCACACAGUGCAUUGUUUUUUCUACCUGCUUGUCUUGUACAUUUCUUUUUUUUUUUUUUUUUAUGAUUUAGUUAAAACAGGAUUUUUUUUUUUUUGUGUGUGUGUGUGGGGGUUCAUUUCCCUUAUUUUGACACGGAUCCCCUCUUCUCAGAUAACUAUGGCAAGAAUGAUAUUAAGGGAAAAGCAGGAAUUUCGUAAGAAAAAAAAAAAGGAAAAAAAAUAAAAAAAAUAAAGCAGCAGUCGUUGUUGUUGCAAAAAAGUAUAUAUUAAUGGCGGUGUGCGGGAAAUUGCGACUACUGAAAGUAGAUCCAUUUCAUUGCCUACAUUAAUUCCUUCCUGGUAAUGUGGUAGGCUAGCAAUAUUUUUAUUUCCUUUUUUUUUUGUUUGUUUGUUUUUUGGGUUAAGAACAUGUUUGUGAGUGUAACCAUUUGUAGGAGUUAUUAUUUUAAGAAAUAAAAUCCCAGACAAAUACA